AUGAUUCAAUUUUUUGCUAAUGAGCUGCAAAUUCACAUUUUAACACAUGUUGUUACUGAAACAAAUUUUGCAAAUUCUUGCAUUCUUCGAACUGUUUGCAAAAAAUGGAACACAUUGAUUCCUUUAAUAAUACAUGAAGUCGUUAUGAAUAGAUUAAAUUCUGGUUUGAAAUUUGAGUUAAUAGACUUGAACGGUGAUCUCUUUUGGCAAAAAUUAAAACGUCGUCCCGAUUGGUCUAAAAAAUUUCCGCCAACUAAAUAUAUUAAAAAUUUUACCAAAAGUUUUACAUUUAAAUUUGAUAAUAUUGACGACACAAAUAUAUUUCCUCUCUAUAGAUUUAAGACUAAAAUUUCAUUUUCUAUGGAAAUGAUGCCAAUUAUUAAACUUGGAGGAACUAUUUGUUAUAUAGCUUUACCUAAAGUUGUUAUUAAUGAUAUAUACAAAUAUGAUUUCGGUCAUAGAAAUAACAUCGUAUUCACAGUUAAUGAAGAGGGGUGA